UGGCCCGGGCUGGCAGCGCCGGGGCACCGAGGCCUGUGCCGGCGGCUCCAGCGGCGGCACCAUGGCGGCGGCGGCGGCCGCGCCCUCGGCCCCGCCGAAGAAGAUCGUGGCGCCCACGGUGUCGCAGAUCAACGCGGAGUACGUGACACAGUUAGCAAAUAAAUACUGGGCUCCACAUGUGAAGAAGACAUUGUCUUUUGAUGUAAAGGUCAUUGAAGAUGUAUAUACAAAAGAAAUUGUCAGGUCAAAGUUUGCGAUCAGAAAGAUAAUGCUUCUUGAAUUCAGUCAGUACCUUGAAAAUUACCUAUGGAAGAAUUAUUCUCCAGAGGUGUCCAGUAAGGCAUAUUUAAUGUCAAUCUGCUGUAUGGUGAAUGAGAAGUUCAGAGAGAAUGUCCCUGCGUGGGAGACAUUCAAAAAAAGGCCAGAACAUUUUCCUUUCUUUUUCAAACGCAUACUGGAAGCAUCGCUGGUCGAAAAUGAGAGUGAGUACUCUCUGCAUGAACAGACAGUCCUGCUGCUUUUCCUUGAUCACUGCUUCAAUAGUUUGGAAGUGGAUUUGAUCAGAGGACAGGUGCAGCAGCUGAUUUCCUUACCAAUGUGGAUGGCUCUACAACCUAAUCGACUGGAACAAGAGUUGAAAAAGACACCAAAACUAAAAAAAUUCUGGAAUCUAAUUAAGAAAAACGAUGCAAAAAUGGAUGAAGAGUCAAGAAUGCAAGCAUAUCGAGAGAGAAGAUUUCUUUCACAGCUCAUUCAGAAGUUCAUUUCUGUUCUAAAGUCAAUACCUGUCUCAGGUCCUAUUUCUAUGGACAAAGUUCAUUAUUGUGAGAGGUUUAUUGAACUCAUGCUAGACCUCGAGGCUUUGCUUCCCACGCGGCGCUGGUUCAAUACAGUGCUGGAUGACUCCCAUCUUGUUGUUCACUGUUACUUGUCUAGUCUUGCUAAAAGAGAAAAAGAAGGUCAUCUCUUCUGCCAGCUUUUAGAUAUGCUCAAAUUUUAUACUGGCUUUGAAAUCAAUGAUCAGACUGGAAAUGCUUUGACAGAGAAUGAGAUGACUACAAUUCACUAUGACAGAAUUACUUCUCUACAGAGAGCAGCGUUUGCACAUUUCCCGGAGUUAUAUGACUUUGCACUCUCAAAUGUAGCUGCAGUAGAUACUCGUGAUGCACUGGUGAAGUUAUUUGGACCUCUUAGCUCCAACGUCCUCCACCAGGUGGCGUCGUACCUGUGCCUGCUGCCGCCACUGGCCGAGGGGGAGGACACGAGCCACGAGAAGGAAUUUCUGCUGGAGCUGCUGGUGUCCCGUCAUGAGCGACGAAUAUCUCAAAUUCAGCAGCUCAACCAGAUGCCUCUCUAUCCCACAGAAAAGAUUAUUUGGGAUGAAAAUAUUGUACCAACUGAAUAUUACUCUGGAGAAGGCUGUCUUGCACUUCCCAAGUUGAAUCUACAGUUCCUGACUCUCCAUGACUACCUGCUGAGGAACUUCAAUCUUUUCCGCUUGGAGUCUACCUAUGAGAUCAGACAGGACAUUGAAGAUAGUGUCAGUAGGAUGAAACCAUGGUUAUCAGAAUAUGGAGGUGUUGUCUUUGGUGGAUGGGCUAGGAUGGCACAACCCAUUGUCUCUUUCACCGUGGUGGAGGUGGCCAAGCCCAACAUUGGUGAAAACUGGCCCAUGCGAGUGCGAGCAGAUGUUACAAUUAAUUUAAAUGUCCGAGAUAACAUCAAAGACGAAUGGGAAGGUCUGCGCAAGCACGAUGUCUGCUUCCUGAUUACGGUGCGCCCCAUGCAGCCUUACGGCACCAAGUUUGACAGGAGACAGCCUUUCGUUGAGCAGACUGGCCUGGUCUAUGUCAGAGGCUGUGAAAUUCAGGGCAUGUUGGACGAGAAAGGGCGUGUUAUUGAAGAAGGACCUGAACCGAAACCAAGACUUAAAGGUGAUUGCAGAACGUACAGAGUAUUUCUGGACCCAAACCAGUAUCAGCAGGACAUGACCAAUACAAUCCAAAAUGGAGCAGAAGAUGUUUAUGAGACAUUUAAUAUAAUAAUGAGAAGAAAACCAAAAGAAAACAAUUUCAAGGCUCUUCUGGAGACUAUUAGGAAUCUGAUGAACACAGAUUGUGUGGUUCCUGACUGGCUGCAUGACAUCAUUCUUGGAUAUGGAGACCCAAGUAGUGCACACUACUCAAAAAUGCCCAAUCAGAUUUCAACUCUGGAUUUUAAUGACACGUUCCUGUCCAUUGAUCAUUUAAAAGCUAGCUUUCCUGAGUACAAUGUUAAAGUUACUGUUGACAAUCCAGAUCUGCAUGUACCCCCCUUCAGGAUAACUUUCCCAAUGAAGGAAGGUAAAGGAACAAAAAGAAAAGAGGAUGGAAGUGAAGAAAACCCUGAAGAAGAUAAAACACUGAUUGUAGAGCCUCAUGUUAUCCCAAACAGGGGGCCAUAUCCAUAUAAUCAACCAAAACGCAAUACUAUUCAAUUUACCCAUACUCAGAUUGAAGCCAUCCGUGCAGGAAUGCAGCCUGGACUAACUAUGGUAGUGGGUCCACCUGGUACUGGAAAAACUGAUGUAGCAGUCCAGAUAAUAUCCAACCUUUAUCAUAAUUUCCCAGAACAACGAACUUUAAUAGUUACCCACUCUAAUCAGGCUUUAAACCAGCUGUUCGAAAAAAUCAUGGCUCUAGACAUUGAUGAGCGUCACCUUCUGCGUCUGGGUCAUGGAGAAGAGGAAUUAGAGACAGAGAAAGAUUUCAGCAGGUAUGGAAGAGUUAAUUAUGUGCUGGCUCGAAGACUUGAACUUCUACGAGAAGUUGGGCGAUUACAAGAGAGUCUUGGAGUCCCAGGAGAUGUAUCUUACACUUGUGAAACAGCUGGCCACUUUUUCUUAUACCAAGUAAUGUCUCGCUGGGAGGAGUAUAUCAGUAAAGUUAAAGUUAAAGGUGGAAAAUCGCCAGAUGUUGCAGAUGUCUCCAGUUUCUUUCCUUUUCACCAGUAUUUUGCAAAUGCUCCUCAACCAGUUUUCAAAGGCAAAUCAUAUGAAGAAGAUAUGGAAAUUGCUGAAGGGUGUUUUAGACAUAUUAAGAAAAUAUUCACUCAGCUUGAGGAAUUCAGAGCAUUUGAACUUCUCCGCAGUGGCCUGGAUAGAUCCAAAUACCUGUUGGUGAAAGAAGCAAAAAUCAUUGCCAUGACUUGUACUCAUGCUGCUCUGAAACGACGUGAUCUGGUUGAAUUAGGAUUCAAAUAUGACAACAUUUUAAUGGAAGAGUCUGCUCAGAUUCUGGAGAUUGAAACGUUUAUACCUCUUCUGUUGCAGAACCCCCAGGAUGGAUUCAGUCGUUUGAAGCGGUGGAUUAUGAUUGGUGACCAUCAUCAGUUGCCACCAGUCAUUAAGAACAUGGCUUUUCAAAAGUACUCCAACAUGGAACAGUCUCUUUUCACACGGUUUGUUCGUGUUGGAGUGCCAACUGUUGACUUGGAUGCACAAGGAAGAGCAAGAGCAAGUUUGUGCAACCUCUACAACUGGCGCUACAAGAACCUGGGUAACCUGCCUCACGUGCAGCUUCUGCCGGAGUUCAGAACAGCCAAUGCUGGCUUUUUGUAUGACUUCCAGCUUAUAAAUGUGGAAGACUUCAAUGGUGUAGGAGAGUCUGAACCCAAUCCUUAUUUCUAUCAGAAUCUUGGUGAGGCAGAGUAUGUUGUGGCAGUCUUCAUGUAUAUGUGCCUGCUUGGUUAUCCUGCAGACAGGAUAAGUAUCCUGACAACAUAUAAUGGACAGAAGCACCUGAUCCGUGAUGUCAUUAAUCAGCGAUGUGGAAACAAUCCUUUAAUUGGAAGGCCAAACAAGGUAACAACUGUGGACAGGUUUCAAGGCCAACAGAACGAUUAUAUUCUGCUUUCCCUAGUGCGUACCAAAGCUGUAGGCCACCUGAGGGACGUACGACGAUUAGUCGUUGCCAUGUCAAGAGCCAGACUUGGACUUUAUAUCUUCGCAAGGGUGUCACUAUUUCAAAACUGUUUUGAGCUAACUCCAGCUUUCAGCCAACUCACAGCUCGACCACUUCACCUCCAUAUUGUUCCCACAGAAUGUUUUCCAACUGCAAGACAGAAUGGAGAAAGACCAGCUCACCAAAUACAUGUUAUUAAGAAUAUGCCUCAAAUGGCUAACUUUGUGUACAAUAUGUAUAUGCACAUGAUACAGAGUACACACCACCAUCAACGGCAUUUACUGCCCCCACCUGCCAUGAUCGAAGAACCAGAACCGCCACAAACUGGAGAGACUGAAUUAGAAGGUGAAGUUCAGGGCAUGCAGGAAGAUGCAGCAGAAGAAAAUGAAGUAGUAGAAGAAACGAUGAAGGAAGGAGAAUUGAAUAUGGAUGAAAUGGAUGAACAUCGAAAAAUGCCAGAACACCCUGGAAGAGACAGUGAUAGUGGAGACAGUGAACCUGAAAAUGAGACUGAAAAGUGAUUUAUGGAAUCCUUGUCCUUAAUGCAUUUUGGGAAAUUGGCAGGGAAGAGAGUAGUUGGAAAAAUAAUUGCUAUUUUUACAUUGACUUUCAUUAAGAGGUUGCCUAUAUAAUACCUGUCUGGUAUAUUUUUCACUGAGUACAUUGUGAACAAGCAAGAUGUUUGGCAAACAUUCUACUGAGCUCUUAUCACUAUUGGUCAUAUAAUUUGUUUAAUGGCCUCAAAUGAUAUUUUUUCCUUUUUAUAAGUUGUUCAGUAAAGUUGCUUUUUAUACCAGUUUGGAAUAUUUGACUCUUAAUUCAGUCAUCCGUUAAACCUCACUAAGUAAAUUCAAUAUUGGUCAGACAUGCUUUAUGGUUUCCUUAGUAUUUUGCCAUGGAGAAUUCCUUAUGCAUAGCUGUGCUUGUACUUUUAGGCAUAGGCUCAAGUUCAUGAAGAUAUAUGAUUGUAUGUCUGAGAAAUAUGAAUUGUCAUGGGACUUGGAAGUGUUGAAAAGCUUUAUUGAAUUUUGACCAUAGUGGAUUCUCAGGAUCCACAUACUUGUAGCAAUUUCUUAUCAUUAACUUCUGAUGUUGUUUUUUAUUGUUUACAGAAGAAGGAAGGAUGCUGCUCUUCAACAGCCCUGGGUUCUAAAUUAGUGUUUUGAAAUAAAUUUCUUUUGCUUGAAGAAGAAACAGUAAUUGCCCAGGCUAAAGCCACAUGAGGAAGAAAAGAGAAAAUAGUUCCCUGAAUGCAGGAUAUGUAAAACAUACAUUAUUGGUACUAAUGAUAUACUGGUUGAAUGGGGUUUUUUUAGGGUAACUUCUGAGUGUGCACAUUUCAUAAAGUGAUCAGAGAAAGGAUUUGUCCCUGAUUUGUCCCUGAUUCCGUAUCUUAUGAAUACUUGCCAUCAUGUCAAAUUAGUCAGUGGUUUAAUGAGACUUUAGAAUUUCCAAGUAGAUUUUCAAACACAGCAAUAGCCAUAAUAGCACCUUUUGCUGGCAAAGGGAACACUCUUGGAUUUCAAGUGUUGCAGUUGUGAAGCUGCCAGAUGGACUUGCUAGAAUGAUUAGAGAAUAAUUAACUUUCAAGCUUUUUUAACAGCAUUGACAUUUUUUAUUUUUUCUUAUUAUUUUUAUAGCACAGGAGAAAAUGGUAUCAAAUUAAAUGUAUGCCAAGUUUCAUGAAAUGCAUCUAUUGCAUACCAGUCUGUGUGCUGGGAUCUCAUCUGCCCCUCCUCCUGAAAUCAUUCUUUCCCUUCUCUCAGAGGGGAGCUCAGGAGUAGCAAAUUAAGUACUUAUCUUCAGUACAUGGUGUUCUUUUAUGUUCUUCCUUUGUUGAAGUUUUCUCAAACAGGAAGCUAAUAAUGAUGCAGAAUUGUCUUCUAUUCUUGUGUGUUUUGAUUUAAGGGAGUGUACUGUUUAUUACUUUUUAAUAUUGCCUGCCUUGGAAGAAUGAUUUGUAUUGAACAUAUGGGUAUUAAGUUUCAUGCAGUAGCAAUCAUGUUCAUGCAGAAUUGAGUAAUACUCAGCCUUCAGGCCACAAGCAACUAGCUCGGAUGAGGGUUGUCAUCUUUGUUUUCCAGCUAAUUUUCUAUAAAUACUGAGUCUGACAAUCAUUUACUUGCUUUAGUAUUUUAAGAAUUUGAAAAGGAGCCCUUUUUGAAUUGUGCAGUUUGCAGUGGACAGUGUCUACACCUGGCUGUGCCAUGCUGUGCUCUGUGUGCAGGCCCCAGGCAUGUCUGGUCCCUUUGGCUCAGUCCUGGUGGAGCAGCAGCCAAGGAUGGAGCUGUCCUGGACAGACCUGAAGUCAUGAGAGGGGUUGCAUUGGAGGUUGAUUCUGGCUAUAGUGCAGGAAGAGGCCGUGCAACUGCAAACAAUUGUAAAAGCUUGAACAGCUUUAAUGUGCAACUUUCUGAGGCACCUGUAAAAAAAGUGGAAGGUUUUUGUUUGAGAUCACUUGAACAGAGCAAGCCCUGCAUUAUCCUUAAUGCCAUCUUUCACAUGUUAAAAUUGCCUUUUUUCAGAGACAUGGACACAUCAGGAGAAUGCAUCCUUAGGAAUUUGGGAAAAUCGUGUUGUCAUUCUAGCUGGAAAGUUCUUGAGGCUUUGCUUUGGAGUGUGAGAUUGGAUUUGGGGCCUUUUACUUCCAAAACUUUAUAAUUCUGUUUAUAAUUUUUGGUAAAGGAUGAACUUUGUCUUUUCCACCAAAAUAGUCUUUUAUGACUGAUGCACCUUUUUUUUCAAGAACGAUUACGUGGGAGAAGUGAAGGAGUCUAAAACUAAUUUUGAUCUAUGUGGUUUAUGUUCCAAUGGCAAUAUUUGCUUAAGACUUAGUACCUCUAUUCAAGUGAACAACAACACUCAGUUGUUAAACUAAAUGUAUUGAAAUUUUAAAAAAUACACAUAAAUUUAAUUACUUAAGAAAGAAUUUUUAAAUGAAAUAAUUGUUAAAGUAGCUUUAAAAAAUAUUUUUAAACAUUAUUUCAAAUAUUAUUAUAGCAGUGCAUGAAAAUCUAGUGAAAAUAAUUAAAAUGUUUCCGAGGUCAAGAUCCCCUAAGGGUAUGAAAGGAGGAAAAGAUAGGAAAUUGGUUUAUUUUAUUGUUCCAAAGCUAUAGAGUAAAAAAAUCCAUUAAGGACAUUUGAGUGAAACUAAAGAGCUAUUAGUGGUUUUUCUUCAUAUUUAUUUAGCCAACCCUUACAUAAAUGGCCUCAUUUUCAUCUUGCACCGAACCUAUAAAGCAACUUAGUUAAUACUUUGCAGAUUUGCUUAGAGACUGGUUUGGAAACAGCUCAACCCUUGGAUACUGAUGUAGUGCUAAUGUAAAAAUGAUAAUGUAAGGCAAUGUUCUGUUCAUUUCUGUAAUAGCCAGAAAAGGAAAGGUAAAGAGCAAUUUACUUUGGGUUCUGCCAUCCAUAUAUAGGUGAAAUAAUGCUAUAUAAAUGCAGGCUGGUUUCUGUCUGUGACUGAACUGAUGCAGUAAGUGCAGGUUUUGGUAUUAUCAAAGAAAAUGCCUUGGUAACUCUCAGAGCAGAGUUUGCUUUUGCUUUAGUCUGUAUGGACUUUGAAAGGGCUUGGCAAAGGUGGUGGGUAAGUCAGAACUAGAACAUUCAGGAGCAAUUUUGCCAAGGGGAAAAGAAGGGACAAGUAAAUGGAAGACAUACAAUAUAUAUAAUCUGUAAUAUUAAAUAAAAUAAUAUGGGAUAAACUUC